CAGGGGCGGACUGACAACUCAUGGCUCCCCCGGGCAAUAGGGAAUCAUGGGGCCCCUGUGUCCUUGCCCAAACUCAAAACACCUAUGAAAAAGGUACCAGGGGCAUCUCAUGGGGCCCCCUACUAACCCCAGGCCCUUGGGUGGUGCCCGAAUUUCCAAAUGGUCAGUCCGCCCCUGCUGCCAUUGAAUUGGGGGAGUGACAUAAAUACUGUACAAAAUAAUGUAUAUUUCUUGAGUUACAAAUAAUAGACUAACUUUUACUUAUAAUUUGUAAUUCAUUUUAUUUUAUCU